GUUAAAAUACCGCUUACAUAAUGGGACCUGCGGUAUUGAUUUCGUGGUGUACAGUGUAGGUAUGCGCUGUUUUCGUGGUUAGGCUUGAAUCGUUUUCGUGGUUUAUGUAUGUAUCGUAUUCGUAGUAAAGAUCUAAGUCACUCGUACAACCUUGGGGUGAACAAUGGACCCUGGAGUUGGGUCGAAAGGAACUCCCCGUUCGAACAAAAGUGGAGCCAAAUCAAUGGAAAAGAGCCAAGAUGUUAUUCCGCGUUUGAAUAAAAGUGGCACCAAGUCAUCAGAAGAAAACAGCCAAGAUGGAACUCCAGGUUUGAACAAAGGUGGCGCCAUGUAUUGGGAAAACAUCCAACAAGAUGGAACACCAAGCAAAAGCAAAAGUGGCACAAAGUCGGCAGACGAAAACAGUCAAGAUGGUUCCGUGCGUUUGAACAAAGGUUCUGCAAAGAUUGGGGAAAACAGCCAACCAGAUGGGACUCCGCGUUUGAACAAAAGUGGCGCAAAGUUGGUAGAAAACAGCCAAGAGGGAGCUUUGUGUUGGAACAAAAGUGAUGUCCAGUUGGGUGAAAAUGGUUUGCUGGAGGCCACCCAAGGCAGCAGUUCACCAACGAAUAAGGCAGAAAAUGAAAAAGAGAACAGUAAAGAUAACCUCGGGGUUAAGGUCAAACGUAAAGGGCGAAGGGGGCGGUCUUCGGGCUCACUGACAAUGAAAGGAGAUAAAAUUACAUCGUUUACUACUGAACGUGGAAUAACCUAUGCUCCAGCUGAUCAUGUUUACAUCGAGAACAAUCGCCAGAACAAUCCUUACUUCAUCUGCUCAAUUAUUGACUUCAGUGUGGUGAAGAGAGAUACGCUUGUGGUUCGGGUCAAGUGGUACUAUCGGGUCACCGAAGUUCCAGACAGCGUCUACCAACAUCUCGUGCAAGACCGCUACACCCAAAAAAUCGAGAGUGACCACCCCCUGGCCAAGCCCUCUGUGAAGGCUCGGGAACUCUUCUGUUCGGAGGCCACGGAUACCUACCCAGUAACGGCGCUCAGGGGAAAGUGUAAAGUUGUGCACUGCAACAGCCUUGAGGCGGCGCGGACCUUCCAACCGGCCGCGGACACGUUCUACUGUAUCCUUGGAUACAACCCGGAGACCAAGAGGCUGGCUACCACGCAGGGUCAGAUCCGGGUCGGGUCUAUGUAUCAGGCCAAGAUGCCUGAAUGCAGACCCAAUACGGCCCCCGAUGACAUGCCAGACCGCAGCUACACCCUGGAGACCGUACAGUGGCACCCUAAGGCAGUCAUUGACAAUGACCUCAUGAUGUACCUGCGUGCAGCAAGAAGCGUGGCAGCGUUUGCAGGGAUGUGUGAUGGAGGCAACACAGAUGGGUGUCAGGCAGCCGCUAUGGACGACACAACGAUUAACGCCAUGCACAUGCUCCAUCGCCAUGAGUACGACACUAGUAAGGCCCUGCAGGCCCUGGUGAAAGGCCCUGCCCUGAGGACCAUAGACAAGAAGUGGGAUGAGGAAUCAACGAAACGCUUUGUUAAAGGUCUCCGAGUAUAUGGGAAAAAUUUCUUCAAGAUCAGAAAGGAGCUGCUACCAACAAAGGAGACUGGAGAGCUUGUUGAGUACUACUACUUCUGGAAGAAGACCCCUGCUGCCGCAGCAAACAGACCACACCGUCGCCAUCGGAAACACGGCGUAAAGCGUGCUACAACACGCUCACAGCGACCAGCCAGCAGCGAAUUCUUGGACCUGAGUUCUGGUAGUGAUUCUGAGUCUGAAGACAGUGACGGUGUCAGCCGCUACCGAUGCCAGAACUGCCUUGAUACUGUUUCCAAAGACUGGAGUCAUGCUGGGAAGUCAAGCCCACGCCUGUGUUCCAAGUGCCGCAUUUUCUUCAAGAAGUACGGUGUGGAUCGCCCAGUGAACACCAGCGCAGACGACUCGCCCUACUUCACCCCGCUGAGAGAUGGAGAGAUCAACGGGUCACAUAACAUGCUGACGCGGCAGAACCGAAAUUCCAGUGACUCCAAAGACAGCAAAAAGAAAGGUUCAAGCCCUGAGAACACAGACAGUCCGGUCAGUGAGUCUAAAAAGUCUGCGCCGCCCUCCUCUCCCUCCCUGCAGAGCGAGUCCAGCAACUGUAGCACGGACCGGGAGAAACACAAACGACAGCCCUCCACCAGUCCAGAGAAGGACAAGAAGCGACGUCACACGGACUCUGACGGAGACGACACAGUCAACAAACGCACGAGAUCAGGCCCAUCCGAAUCCGAGUCACUUUCCGACAGCAGUAUAUCUGGUACUGAGCUCAAUCGCCCAGAGGUCACGGGUCGAGUCAAGGUCACUCAGGGGUCAAGUUCACCGUCCAGCAGUCCAAGCCCGGUUGCCAAGGUCACCAUCCCGGUGCCUGUGGAGUCGACAAUCUCGGGCAACAUAUUGGCGGAGCUUCCACGCCCCUCACCACAGCACCCUGCUCUAAACCCUCGACCCAUCGUCUCUAGUCCCCAGCCCCAGUCUCUUAAAAACAUUAUCCCCCAGACCUCGGUCCCGGCAAGUCCCCAUAUUCCGCAGGGGUUUGUACCGUUGCCGCCUCUCCCAGCCUUUGCUUUCCGCCCACAGUAUCCCCCGCCCCCCUCUGCAGCUCUGGAUUACUCACGGUCCGCAUCAGUUUCACCUGGCGUGAAAAAGACGCAAAAUUCUGAACCACCUGGUGUUUAUAACAGUGUAAAAAAGCCUCAAAACCCAGAACCUAGUGUGAAUAGUAUUAAUAACAGUGUGAAAAAGCCCCAAAACUCCGAAGCUGGUGUUAAUAUCAGUGUGAAAAAGCCGCAUAAUUCAGAACUAAGUUUGAACAACAGUGCUAAAAAGCCACACAAUUCUGAACCAAGUGUUAAUAACAGUGUGAAAAAGCCCCAAAUCUCAGAACCAGGUUUGAACAUCUGUGUCAAAAAGUCCCCAUAUUCUGAACUUGGAUCCAACAACAGUGUUAAAAAGACCCAGAAUUCAGAACAACCCUGUAGUGUCCCCCCACCACUGUGCGGCCUACCCCCUACCAGUGGUGUUACCAGUGUCGCAAACAGUAACAGCCAGAGGGAAACAUCUGUGAUAACCGUGGCCAAAGUGAAGGAGGAAGCAAUCACUCCUCCGCAAUCUCCCAAGAGAAUCAGUAUCAAACAGGAGCCUGUUGAACCUGUGAACUUAAUGUCGAAUAUAUGUAAAAAUGGUGGCGAGAGUGUUAACACCAAAUCCAGUAUGGACGGCCUUAUUGCCAAAGAUAUGUGCUCAUUAGUGACUCCAAAAGUGGAGCCGGGGUUAAACACUCCUUAUCCACCGGCCGCUAAGGAUUAUAGUGUGGCGUCUUCCUCUAGUGCAGCCAAUAGGACACACACAAACAGCGCGGCCAUGACCUUGCAGGCAGAGGUCAAAGGUCGCGUUGACCCAGUGGAAGUUCAGAAGGUCAAGGUCGAGGUGGCACAGUUGGUGCCGAUCACGCAGACUGAAAGGUCAGAGGUUGAUGUGGAAGACAGCGACUCUGACAGGGAGGGCACCCUCACCCCUGGGCCUGUCCCCACCCCCUGUAACAAGGAAAUCCUCAGGAGUAAAACUGCCAUAUUCAUUCGGCUGCUAAACCGCGGCAAGUCAAACUCUUGUUCCCGAUGUGAUCUCAUGUUCAAACCGUUCCCAGAUUCCAAACUCGCGCGCAAACGGGAACACAGUGAUAGGAAGCCUGCGUCAUCGUCAACAGCAUCAUCAACGCCUGCAAAGGACGAAAUCAAGCGCAAGAUGGAGUCCCCUCGGCCUAGCUCCACGUCGGACGCGCAGGUCGUGAGUAACGUUCCGCCCUCGCACCAUUCCCACGGCGACCGGGUCACGCCAAGGUCCUACUCUGACACGCCAGCCUUACGCCAGCUCUCAGAGUACGCCAAGCCUCAUGCGCUAGGUCAAGACCCACGUUCCAUGCCUGGUUACCUGGGUUACCCGCUCAUGGACCCAAUGCGCAUGGCUGCCAUGUAUCCCCCCAACUCCCGCGAGAGGUAUGCUUACGAGAGGCUUGAGCUGGAGUUGGAGCGUGACAAGCGAGAGCGUGACGCCCGUGAGAGAGAGCUUAGGGAGCACGAGCUGAGGUCCCUGGAGAUGAGGGAGAAACUCAAGGCCGAGAUGGAGAUGAAACCACCUGGUAUGUUGCCGCCAGGAGCCAACCCCCUUGACCCCCACUGGCUAGAACUGCAGCGUCGCUACAUGUUACCAGGAGGUCGCGCUGGCCCCGCCCAUCUGCCGGGGAUAUACCCGCCCACCAGCAUAGCCACAGAUCUCAUGGCCCAGGAGAGGGAACGCCUGGAACGAUUAGGGUACCCCCCUGGCCACCCGCUGUUCGGCGAGUCAGCAAUUUACGCGGCAGCCAUGAUGGAACGUUUCUCGGCGGAGAGGAUGUCGGUGGAGAGAAUGUCGGUAGAGAGGAUGAACGCAGAGCGGCUCCACGCGGAACGCCUGGCCCUCCAGGACCCCAUGAUACGGCUACAAAUGAGCGGCGGGAUGUCUGCGGCGGCAGCUGCAGCAGCGGCUGCACAACAACACGCGCACACACACACCCACGCUCACUCACAUACACAUCUCCAUCUACACCAGCCCGAUCUGGUACCCGGUGGUGCUGGAGGGCCACAUGGACUCCCACCGACAUCCUCUGCCCUCCCGCCGCAUCAUCCCUUCCUGCCACCACAUCUGCUGCAUUCCCUGCCUCCAGGUGCAGAUCCAAUGUCGGGUGUUAACGGGGCCCAGACGGGAACACCCCCUGGCUCCCUGCCCAUGGGCCUCCCUCCCGCCCACCUCAUGGGGCGCACUGAACAUGAGCUGCUACAGAGUGACCUCUACCGGCGCGCCUAUCAGGACCCUGCCCUCGCUCAACAGUUGCAGGCCCACCACGAGGCAUUGCAGAGAAUGGUGAUGGACAGAGAACGGUUUGGGGCAGGUCACCUCCCCCCGCCCCACUGAGCAGUGGCCACACAGUGAUCAGGGGAGGCAACUGAUCAGGGCAGAAAACAGAUCAGGGGAGGCAACUCACCAGGAGUUUCUGUCUCUUUGGCUAAUGGUGUUAGGCUAAACAAGGGAGACAAUUUGCAGAUAUGGCAAAGUUUAAGCCAAGGAAAUCAACUUGUGAUACACUCACUGUCUCUUAUGGCUAAUGGCUUGGGGCUUAACAAGGGAGAAAUUGUGUGAAUUACAGUGGAAAAAUUGAUACCAAGGGAUGAAACUUGUGUGAUGAACUCGCUGUAUCUUAUGUGGAAAUCGUGUGUCAAACAAGGGAAAACAAUUUGCAAAAGUACUGAGAACUUAAAGAAGAAGCCUAAGAACUCAUUGUCCCAAUAUCUCAUGGCCUGAGGCCAAACAAGAGGGAAAAUUUGGGACUAAUAAUCUGAAAGAAAGGGAAUAAGCAAUGGUAAAUGGUCAAAUAUGAGGGACAAGAUAUGAAAAAUAAAAUGGUGAGUUUAUAUCCAAGAAGGAAAAGUCUGAGAUGUAAUUGUUUCUGGCUUAGCAAGGUGGACCAUUUGAAAAUAUUUGGCAAUUUUGUAGCUAAGGAAGUGAACUAAGCAAUUUUGUAACGAAGGACAGAAAAGGUUGUCUUUAUGCAAAGCAGUGUAGUGUAACCUGGCCUAACUGUGAGCCCUGGUGUAUGAAUGCCAGUCUGUAGAGCCUAGCCACAUGUUUUCUUUAGUGUGAGAUCAUAUAUACUUUUAUUCUCACGGCUUACUUCCAAUCUAUUUUGUCCUGUUACAAAUACACAAGUCUUGGUGCAAUAUAUAUUAUUGAUUCUUUUGUAAGGUAGAUUGUCAUUCAUAUAGACUGUGUGAAUUUAUCAUAUUAUAUGAUUAAUAUAUUUGAUAAAAGUGUCAAAAGAAAUUGCUAUUGAGUGAAAACAUAUGACACUGUUCUGUAGCAAAUAAAAUACAUGAACUGUUAGAGAAUUGAACAAAUAUUUCUCAAUCAAUAUUUUCACAUAAACAUUUAUUUACGAAUACCCACAUUGUUUGAACUAAGGGGUACAGCAAUCCUGCAACUAUAUAGUGUGGAGAGACCUUAUAUUGUGUCAAAUAACAAUCUAAACUGUAUUUCAUAGAAAAUACAUCUCAUCAUACGUACCAUGCUAGCAUGUAAAAAAACCUAUGUUGCUAUUUGUUAAGUGACAAAUGAGUUGCAUGUUGCAAAAAAUUGGUCUUAUAGGCAAUAUGCAAUCACUGAAAAGUAACAGCACUUAAAUUCUUGUACCUGAUAAUUUUUUCCAGAGCAUUCAUCAUUUUGUAUGCCCCCGGAUCGAUAGAUGGGGGUAUAUUGUUUUGGGCCUGUCUGUCUGUCCCAAAACUUUAAGGUUCCCGUAAAGUUUUGCAAUAACUUGUGAAAUAUUGAACAUACAGUAGCAACUUGAUAUUUGGCAUGCAUGUGCAUCUCAUGGAGCUGAACAUUUUGAGUGGUGAAAGGUCAAGGUCAUCCUUCAAGGUCAAAGGUCAAACAUUUAAAACUUAAAUAUAUUAAAGUUUUGCAAUAACUUUUGAAAUAUUUAACAUAGCAACUUGAUAUUUGGCAUGCAUGUGUAUCUCAUGGAGCUGCACAUUUUGAGUGGUGAAAGGUCUAGGUCAAGGUCAUCCUUCAAGGUCAAAGGUAAAGAAAAAAAGCGGUGCAUUAGGGGGCAUAGUGUUUCUAACAAACACAUCUCUUGUUUAUAUAUAUUAAAAAUAAUAAUUUGACAGACUGUAUUGAUAUUUAAUCAGAUCUGUUUCCAUCUGUCUUCUUUUUUUAAAUCCUGUGGAGAGUUUUCACACUGUUGUAUGCAAGCAAUGAGGUUCAAACAGUUCUGAAAAUGCAAUUACUAUGUAUUGUUAUAUAUGAGCCUCACUCGGUGAAAAGGGGGUUUGAUGAAUGUACGUACAGUGUCUUCCCAGAUUAGCCUGUGCAGUCUGCACAGGCUAAUCAGAGACAACACAUUCUGCUUUUUUGCAAUUUUUUAUUUCACGGAAGACUUUAGUUCACUAAAAUCAAGUUAAGGCGGAAAUUGUCAGCCCUGAUAAGCCUGUGCAGACUGCACAGGCUAAUCUGGGAAGACACUUUAUGCACAUGCAUUAAGCCCCCUUUUCACAAAGCAAGGCUCAUAUUUAAUUGUGACACAUGCAUGGUGUAGAUAUUGUUCACUCAUUUGUGAAAUUACCCUGAAGGAUUUUGUACAUAGUUGUUAAUUAUAAAAACAAUUGUAUGAACAGAACUAGGACAUUUUGGCAGUUUAUUAGGAGCCUUUGUCUGUUAAAAUACAUGUGUAUUUACCAUCAUAGUAUUAUUGUAGCAUGGUUUUGUAAGUAUUGUAUUGGUUCAAAGUUCUACACUUUGCAAAACCAAAGAAAAACUAUAAUUGCGUAUAUGCAUUGGUACUUAAUCAUUACUUAUUUAAACGUAAAGAAUACAGCUAUGUUUUGGAUUUGUUAUAAUAAUGUGUCUUCCGCGUAUAAAAAUGACAUUCAUAGUAAGGGGCAAAUAAUAAGCUAUAUCUGUGUGACAUUUUAAACAUUUAACUUUUCAACUGGCUUAACCCUUUCAGCGCUGGAACCGAAUUUUAAAGGCCUUUGCAAACAGUUUGGAUCCAGAUGAGACACAACCGAACGUGGCGUCUCAUUAGGAUCCAAACUGUUUGCUAUUCUGAUAAUAUUCUUUGAAAAAAAAUCAAAGAAAAUGCUAAUUUUUAAAAUUCAGUAGACAAAAUUUAAGCAGACGACAAAUUUCCCAGCAUGCAAAGGGUUAAAAUAGCUAUGUGUUAUUCAAAAUGGCGACAUGUGUUACAAGAUGGCUGAAUCUGUGGUAAAAGCAACUAUAUGUCAGUGAGAUCCCUGCUAUCCUUGGCAGUCAAGAAAUCCUAGAUUUCAAUAGCUACUGUUUCUAUUUAUCUAAUUAGCAGGAGUUUAUUGAAGAAAAGUAAAUAUUUUUACAGCACAUCAUUUAUUUAUAAAAAGGACAAUACCAUGAAAUCUUGUAUACAUACAUGAACUGACUGCAAUUCAAUUUUAAGUUAAUUUUAGCCGUAUACAAAAUCUGUGUUGCAUAGAUUUAUUUUGUAAAUGACAUAUAAUAGUACCCUUAAAUAUGAACAAGAAUGUACUUUUGUUGUACAUGAACCAAUUAAUAUAUUUUCUGUGUAAAUUAUGCAAAGGUUUUUGCUAUUAUGCAUGCGCAUAUUAACUGGUUAACAUGUUUCUAGUUUUGUAUGCAAGAACACAGUCCCCCAUUUGAUUUUAUCUUCUGUCACUCGAUUUGAUGACAGUGGGGGUGACAACAAGAGAGACAAUGUUCAGGUGACAAACAAGAUGGCGUUUAAAUAUCGCUCGCUUUCCAGCAAUAUCAUUUUACAAUUAAUACUAGACAUAAAGGGUAUAAAACGUUGCAUUUAGGUUUCGAAAAUGCUCAUAACUUCUAUGUCGCUUCAAAUUUAUAUUUGGUAUGCAUGUGUAUGUGGAAAAAGCCUUUCCAUACGCACACAUUUUUUGACCCCUUUGACCUUGAACUUAGUGUCCUCGUUUAGGUUUUGAAAAAUGCGUUUAGGUUUCGAAAAAUGCUCCUAACUUCUAUGAAAGCGUUUAUCGGGGGCAUAUGUCAUCCUAUGGAGACAGCUUUUGUUACUAAGUCUUGAGUAUGCAUUAUGAAACUUGUUCAACUAUUUAAAAACAAAAUGUGUAUGUAACAUAAUAUAUAAUAUUCUUUUUCACUUGUAUUGCUAAGUUAUCUUCAUCAAUAAAUAGUAUGCAAUAUGUUGUGCAAAAUAUAUGAACAAAACUUUGUUGUGUAACAGUGAAUAAAAUAAAUCAAAUCGUGUGUGACAGCUGAGGAGUUCCCCACUAUGUGCAAUUUGUUUUUAACCCUUUGAGCGCUGGAACCGGAUUUUGAAGGCCUUUGCAAACAGUUUGGAUCCAGAUGAGACGCCACAGAAUGUGGCGUCUCAUCAGGAUCCAAACUGUUUGCUAUUCUGAUAGUAUUCUUUGAAAAAAAUCGAAGAAAAUGCUGAUUUUAGAAAUUCAGCAGACGACAUUUUAGCAGACGACAAAUUUCCCAGCAUGCAAAGGGUUAAGGAUUUUUCAUAACAUUCUUGAUCUUUCUUUUCAAUUGAAAUGAACAAAAUGCAUUCUAUAGAUUUAAGUAUUUAAAAUACACAUGCACACACACUUGACAUUGUUUAGAAAUUUAUGAACACUACAUUAUGAACAUUUAGUGCAAUAUGUGUUAAUGAUACAAAUUUGCUAUCAAAUCAGUGAUCAAUAUUUUUGUGUUGUUUGUAAAUUUUUCAUAUUUAUCAUAUUUUAAGAAUGAUUUAUGAUCAGUAUUAUCAACAGUAAAAUAAUGUAGAUUUUUAAGGAAAAUAAACAACUAUUAUUUAUGUAAGAAAAUAAGGUACAGAUUUAUAUCAUUGAAUAUGGGGAUGGAACAAUCUUAAAUAGCAUGUUUUGGGUUGGGUAGGGUACUGUAGGGUGGGAUAUGUGGGGAAAAUAAGCUGUGGGUAGGUAAAGUGGGAUAGGUAGGGUAAAGUAGUGUGGGGUUGGUAAGGUGGACUGGGGUAAAGUGGGAUGGGCGUUGGUAAGGUGGGAUAGGUAGGAUGGGGUGCGGUAAAGUAGGGUGGGCAUAGGUAAGGUGGGAUAGGUGGGGUAAAGAAGCUGGGGGUAGGAAAUGUAGGGUGGGGGGUAAUGAAGCUGGGGGUAGGUAAUGUAGGGUGGGCUGGGUGGUUGUAUGGUUAAUGUGGGUUGCAAUAAGAUGGGAUGUGGUAAGGUAGGGUAUGUUAAAUAAGGGUGGGGGAGGCGAGGGAUGACUGGCGGUAGGGUGGGAUUUUGUUUCCAUGUACUCUAUUGAUCUCAGCUUUCACAGGACAAUAUUUUAAAGUGAUUUGUACAUGUGUUUUUCUCUGGUGGAAGAAAGGCACUGCAAAACAGACUUAUGUUUCCAAAUUGAUUUUGUUUAUAUCUUUCACACUUUGCUGAUUCAUUUGUGGUCAUUCAAACUUUCUUUUGAAGUACGUAAGUACAAAUGAUUCAGUAGCAAAUCUGGGAUAAACUUGUUUUUGUAUUAAUUGAUUCAGAAGCUUGUUCACAGUACUAAUUUUCUAUGAAUUGAAAAUGUUCUAAUUAGAGCGUUAUUGUAUUGUUUAAAUGUACUUACAAAAUAUCUUGUUGCUUUAUACAAGUGCAUGUAUAUGUAUGUAUUUUAUUUAUGAAAAUGUGUUUUGUAAUAUUUUUCAUUUGCAUGACAGUGUGCUAUCAUAAAACUUUAGAUCCUUUUUAUUACAUGUUAUAUUAUUCCACUCUUUUGUUUCCUGUGUACAUAGUAGGUAUUUUCUAAGUGUAUCUUUUUGUUGUCAUUUGCAGAAAAAACAUUUAUAUAUUCUUUCAAACUGAAAGAGAAUAAAAACAAGUGAAAUAA